CUUUCUUGCCGGCAAAUGACACAUUUGGAUACAUCGAGAUUCUGCACAUGUAGUAAAGUGUAUCCGCAUUCAAUCUCACUUUAUCGCGUAAAUUCCUAACUAAAUCCAAGAAAUCCACGAAAAUGAUAAAAUUGUUAGUAGUUUGUAGCGUUGUGUUGUCCACUGGGUACGCGGCAACUCCAAAUGCGGAUGACAAAUAUCAGAAAUGGGCCGACCCCGGCCGAGUGCUAUACCAAACCGCGACGGACUUCGAUCCCGGCGAUAUGCAAGUGCUUCUAAGUGCCAUGCAGCAGGUGUCCCUUGACUCGGGCAUGUGUAUCAAAUUCCAGCGCUACGAUAAUCGAGCGGAUGCGGGAAAGGAUUAUAUCUAUAUCUCUAAUAAACUGAGUGGAGGCAAGGCAAUGUCGACAUGUUACACUUUCCCGGGACGCAGCGUGGAGCAACAAGGACGAGGACAGUACAUGGUCCUGUUUAGCAGUCGUACAGCGCCGGGCGCUGCCAGUCAAACUGCCACUGUUCCAGGUGCGUGCCUGGACACGGUUCGAGAUGCCAUGAAGUACCUUUUCCAAGCGCUGGGAUUCCGCAGCGAAUACGGCCGUACCGAUCGCGUCAACUACCUGGACUUCCUAGCCGCUGACCCUAACAGCCUAGUGGCCAAAUCCAUGGCAGAAUGGACGCCCUUCAAGAUUUACCAGCCGGGCGAGGCCAGCUUUUACAAUCUCUUCGAUCCCUUGUCCAUCACCAUGGUCGACGGGAAAAAGUGGGCCAAGAAUCCUAUGAACCCGGUGUUUACGCCCAAAUCUAACGUGUGGAUCGGCGGGAAACCGAAUCUAAGUCAGCAGGAUUGCCAGGCAUUGGCUAUGUAUGGAUGCGAUACAAUUAAGUGCCAGAACCCGUACAGUCUGCUGGGAGGACAGGGAAUUCUAGUGACGCCGCUGAGCACUCCCAUGGAUGCCAAUGGUGUUUGUGCAACCGGACAGCAAAUACUUCUUGGGUCUGUUAUGGCGAGUGGCUUGACCGUCCCCAAAGGGCCCCAAGCCGGAAUCCCCUUUAACCCGCAACAAUCCGCCGUCAACCAAUCCAUUUCCGGUUCCGGCAUCGUCCAGGGCGCGUUCAUUUCCGGUGAACCGUCCAUUCCGUCGGGCCCGGCCCUACCCGGACCGAUGAUGAUGUCGUUGCCAGUGCACGAGCGGGCCGGUCUCAAUAGUCCUUACGCGUUUUCCGUUGCCGGUUCCAACCCGUACAACUUCCAGAUUAUCCCCGACCCGGUGGAUCCGUCCAAGGCCAAUAUCAUUAUCAACAGCGCCGCGCGCAGCUUCACUAACGCCCAAAUCACUGUCCAAGCGGCCAAUAUCAAUGCACCGCAGCAAACACCGCAGGUGGGGCAAGCGCUGGUGUCGAUUAAUUUGAACUGCGGACCACUGUUCAUGAGCUAUCCGCCGGGGUCAUCGAGUGCUGCAUCCAGGUUAAAUUUUCCUAGUACACCCAUCAGGAUUGUGUGUGAUGGAAAUAUGCUACAAACGCCCAUGAUCAUCGGAACUUUCACCGCUCAAGAUCCUGACAGCGACACUGGAGUCACUUACUACAUAAGCAUGUCAAACAAAUUCCAAAUUUCUUCAGUCGGUGUUCUGGUGUUGGUGGAGGCGCCGGCAUCCGGCCUGGGUUUGAUUCCGGUGAACAUCAACGCUAUGGACGCUAAUGGUGCUGUGACAACGCUGCAUCUUUCCAUACAAUUCAGUUGUGCAUGACAUGAUAAAUAAAGUAAAUAUCAACUGUUCCGCAUAAUUAUUUUUGAUUGAUUGCGCGGUUGAAAAGAGGGUUUUAUCACAAUAUAAUUAAAUACGAAUAAAGUCAGAAUGUAUAAUAUGUCUCCACUGAAACGCCUACCCAGAA